GGCUGAGGGGAAGGCGGAGAGACCCGCGCGCGCUCGGCGGCGCCAUGGCGGAGCGAGGGGCGUCGGUGCUGGGCGGCCCUCGGGGCUCUGGGGCCGGCGCUUCGCUUCUCCAGCCGGCGCCUUGUGUCCCGCCGUCGGCUCCGCAGCCUUCGUCGGGGUCCCCGGCGCUGAGCGGGACGCCUCAUCUGCUGGCCCCGCCGUCUGUGCCUCCGCCGCUGCCGCAGCCCUCGUCGCCCCCGCAGCCCGCCCUGGCCGCCCCUGGCUCGGGGGCUUCGGGCCCCGGCGGUGGAGGGGCGCCCCCUCCUCAGGCCCCGCCGGGCUCGGCGGCCGGGGGUCGCCCGGUGCAGAUGAACCUCUACGCCACCUGGGAGGUGGACCGGAGCUCGCCCAGCUGCGUGCCCAGGCUGUUUAGUCUGACUUUGAAGAAACUCAUCAUGCUAAAAGAGAUGGAUAAGGAUCUCAGCUCGGUGGUGAUUGCGGUCAAGCUGCAGGGUUCCAAGCGGAUCCUGAGGUCCAACGAGAUCGUGCUGCCCGUCAGCGGCCUCGUGGAAACGGAACUGCAGCUGACGUUCUCGCUACAGUACCCUCACUUCCUGAAGCGCGACGCCAACAAACUGCAGAUCAUGUUGCAGAGAAGGAAGCGGUACAAAAACCGGACUUUCCUGGGUUACAAAACGUUGGCUGUGGGCUUGAUCAACAUGGCCGAGGUGAUGCAGCACCCAAGCGAGGGGGCCCUGGUGUUGGGACUCCACAGCAGCGCGAAAGACGUCUCCGUUCCCGUGGCCGAAAUCAAAAUCUACUCCCUGUCCAGCCAGCCCAUCGACCACGAAGGACUCAAGUCCAAAUUAUCAGAUCGAUCCCCUGACAUCGAUAACUACUCCGAGGAGGAAGAGGAGAGCUUCUCGUCCGAGCAAGAAGGAAGCGACGACCCCUUGCACGGGCAGGAUUUGUUCUACGAAGACGACGACCUUAGGAAGGUGAAAAAACCCAGGAGGAAACUGACCUCCACGUCGGCCAUCACUCGGGUGAGUCGCGUUGGACGUGGUAGCUGGAGCCCUUACGGUUUACAGGGUCCGCGUAUUUGGCCCCAACAAUCGGAGAUUCCUCGCAAGGUCGUUUACGACCAGUUGAAUCAUAUCCUCGUGUCGGAUGCUGCGCUGCCUGAAAACGUGAUCCUGGUGAAUGCCGUGGACUGGCAAGGCCAGUAUGUGGCUGAUCUCCUCCAGGAUCAGAAGAAACCCGUGGUUUGUACCUGCUCCACGGUUGAAGUGCAAGCCGUCCUCUCGGCUCUCCUCACCCGGAUCCAGAGAUACUGCAAUUGCAAUUCCUCCAUGCCACGCCCGGUGAAGGUGGUGUCCGUCGGGGGCCAAAGCUACCUGAGUGCCAUUUUGAGGUUUUUCGUGAAGCAGCUGGCCAACAAGACGUCGGACUGGCUCAACCACAUGAGAUUCCUCAUCAUUCCUCUAGGAUCUCACCCAGUCGCGAAAUACAUGGGCUCUGUGGACAGCCGAUACAGCAAUAUGUUUUUAGACACCUCUUGGCACGACCUCUUCAGUAAAACCGAACCACCUGCAAUAGAACCCCUGGAUGUGGUAGGCCGGAUCACCCAGUACGUGAACGGCGCCAACGUCACUCACCAGCUGCCCGUGGCCGAGGCCAUGCUGACCUGCAAACACAAAUUCCAAGAUGAGGACUCCUACCAGAAAUUCAUCCCUUUCAUUGGGAAAGCACCCAUCUCCCGCUGUCUCUUUUCCAGCCUGAGAAGUUACGGCGGCUCCUUUCUGAGUCUCUUUCUCUGCCCGUUAUACAGCUGUGGGCUAGGCUCUCUCUUAUCUGAUCCUUCCCUAGGCAGCAUCCUUUCCCCCCACCUCCCAAGGUCUCCCAGCAGCCCUUACAGUGAUGUGAUUGGCCUCCAGGUGGAUUACUGGCUGGCUCAUCCCACGGAGAAGAGGAAGGAAGGGGAGAAGAAAGACAGCAGCUCCAAGAAUACCUUGAAGAGCGUCUUCCGUUCGGUCCAAGUCUCGCGGCUUCCCAACAGCGGGGAGACCCAGCCCUCGGGGACCAUGGCUAUGACGGUCGUCACUAAGGAGAAGAACAAGAAGGUCCCCACCAUUUUCCUGAGCAAGAAACCCAAAGAGAGAGAAGUCGAUUCCAAGAGCCAAAUGAUUGACGGCAUCAGCCGGCUCAUCUGCUCAGCCAAACAGCAGCAGACCAUGCUGAAAGUUUCCAUCGACGGAGUGGAAUGGAGCGACAUCAAGUUCUUUCAGCUGGCCGCCCAGUGGCCCACCCACGUCAAGCACUUCCCCGUGGGACUUUUUGGCACCAAGCCAGCCUGAAAAAGGGGGGGGGGACGGCAAGGACCACCUUCCCGCGCCCUCCUGGCUCCGUCGCAGCGCCACCCUCCAUCCGAACCAUCCACCAACCGAGAGCUGCGCUAAAGCUCCCUUCACCCGCGUCGCGUUUCCUGUGUCUCGAGAUCGGGCUUUGCUGGAGAGGGGGUGGGGUGGGGUGGGAGGGAGGGAUGGAGGGUCCCCCACCCCCCCCCCCCCCCCCAAAAAAAAAAUCAGAGGGAGGGGGGUUGUUUUCGAUCCAGCCAAGGACCUGGCCCGCCGACUGCUUUUAUAACGCGUACUGCCACAUCGUGCCCUGGGCCUCCCGUGGCCUCUCAUCCGUGCUGAGCGUGCCACCAUUCGAGAACCGAUUCUUCUGAUCACUCCAAGAUCUCUCCCGUCCACCCAUCGGACCCUGGACCACUUCUCUUCCUUGAGCUGGGUCGGCACCACGGUGCCGGAGUCUUCCAAAAGAGCUUGUCAUCCGCGGGAAAACUGUGUCUUCUCUUGUUCCAUCCCCUGCUGAGCCAUCUGACUACCCUCAAGAUGCUAUCCCAAUUAUUAUUAUUUUUUUUGUCUCGUUUCGGCUUUUGUAGAAGCACAAACACGGCAAACCCUCCCUGGCUGUUAACAGGGGACACCCUCCUCCGUAUCUCCCUCUCCGGGCAGGGAGAGUGGAAGAAACAUUCCCUCUCGUGCGAACCGGCCUCUUCCUCGCCCAACUGGAUUAGCUCCGUCUCCCCAACCACGAAAAGCAACGGAGAUCGGCAUACCCCACAGAAAAAGUGGGGUGGGAAGGAUUCUUGCCCUAGUCGGCGCAGCCCGCUAACCGCCAUCUCCGGAGUGUCACAGGGGCAUCCCAUAAUACAAAGGGCAAAAAGAGACACACACACACACACACACACACCAAUCCAAACACACUUCCUUUCUCCUGCCCCGUUCUUUUGACGUGGUCUCUUGCCGAGGAAGCCAUUCAGCAUCUCCACCUGUUUGCAAGGCGGGACCCCCAGCCUCAUUCCUGUCCCAUUGUUCCCCCCCAACAAACACACAAGGAAAGAAUCCCAAGAAUUGGCAAAAAAAACUCUGGGCGGAAUAAUUCACGCGAUCCCAAAGCCUGUUGGAUUUUCUUCGUUCAAAAGCCCUCGAUUUGGAAAGGAGGAAAAAAACAAAACAACGGAUUUUGUAGCGAGAAUGUGGUACAUCAGCCCGGCAAAUUUAGAAUAGAAAUCCUUCUACGGCCCUGCUCCAAGGGGGAAAAAAAAUCAUUUUUAAGAUCAAUGCUCCGGUGUAAAUCUGUGGAUUUAUUCACUGCUUCGCUCCGAUCCCUUCCUUCCCACGCCGUCCUUUUCACACUCCUCUAAAAACCAAAAAGCUGCAAUUCCAGGGGAUAAACAGAUGCUGUCUUAACCCCCCCUCCUUUAUUUUGUUUUAAUUUUUCCCUUUAAGCAAGCUCAGACCUCUUGAUCACCAAUAAUCAGCAAUAAAACAAAUCUGCAAUUGUUUUAUUAUUUAAUCAGCAAUAAAACAAAUCGUACCUCCUUUUUAGGGAGCUCUUCAAUAAAACCACACCGGGUGGGUUUUGUCACACCCACCCACCACCCCAACAGGGUGUGCGGCUUGCUGUCCCAGUCUUUCCCAAGUUUUCCCCCUGAUGAGAGAAUCUCAGAAUUUGGGAUUAAAAGGUUAAAAAUAAUGAGAAUAAAGAGCAGCCAGCAACAAGGUCCCGAUUAGUUAGAUCCCCUUCAAACCUUGUAGGGGAUCAGCCAUCUUAGAAAGGAUCUCAUUUCCCUGGUUUAAAUCUCAGCGUCUACAAUCCCCAUAUUUCUAUUUUUUUUUUCUUUCUUUUUUUUCUCCUCCCUGAUUUUUGCCUUCUUUUGUCGGGAGUUGGCUCACCUGUUCCAGUGGUGGGAUUCUUACCAGUUUCCCUACCUGGUUUGGGGGAUCGCGCACGUCGCACGCAGAGCUUUCCAAACACCAGCCGCGCCAAUUGGCUGAGAGGAUCAAGAAGAGGAAAAAGCACACAGGUAGGUGGAAGGGCCAAUCCUGCGCUUUUCUUCGAUCGUCGGAGCUUGCUUUUGGGCACAACCGGUAGAAUUAUUAUUAUUUUUUGGCUACCGGGUUGAUUGAACCGGUGUGAACCGUUCGCAUUUCACCAACGAUCUGUUCUCCCGCCCCAGCAGAUUUGGGGUUCCAAGGGGACGAUUAUCCCCCACCCCCCCAUGCCAUCACCAUCCCUCCCUCUAGGGCAGAGGACUUAUAUAAUUUAAGCACAAUUCUGAAUAUUCCUGCUGCUCCAGAGGGAGGCUUUGGAAAGGGGAAUUGCAUCGCCUUGCCCAAAAAUCUGGCAAGAAAAAGGAUCCGAGAAACCGUCGAGUCUCAACACCUCGCCUGCUCCAAAUCUCCAUCCGACUUCCCAGGGUUUGGAGUAUCGGAAGAAGACCCCGGUCAAAAGGCCCAUGCUCCUGAGCCUACGGACCGCCAAGCCAGCGGCCCAGAAGACUGUGAGAACGGCGGAAGAACUUCUCCCGGAACGGAAGUCAAGAGGUGGGAUGCGAUCCUAAGGGUAGUUAUGAUGGAGACCCAGGCCACUUUUCCGUUCUGCAAAAGGAGCUCAAAAAAAUGGUGGCACUCUUCCCUCUCCCCCCCCCCCCCAUUUUGGGCUGUGGGUAUCUCCAGGUUGCCCACCACAAAAACGUCCCCGCCUUGGCCUCCUCACCGCCAAGCCCCUCCCCCGUCUUGACUUACAGUGACUCCAUUCAAGGACCGCCGGUGUUUCCUUGUACGCGCUGUGUCGAAUUUGCACAUCCUUUUUGAUUUUGGGACGAUGGGGAAUUUCCAACGUGGUCUGUAUCUCGGCUA